GCCUGUACAGCUGCCACUGGGAGAAACGUCCCAAAGACAGGACGCAAACCAACAAGGUGAAGUACGGAUGAGGCGGCGGGGGCGGGGGAGUCCAGAGCAGAGGCCACUUGGAGGGGAUGAGAAGGCCAGCGCGAGUGCAUCUGGUUCGGCCUGCUCUUCCUCACCUUCCUCCUCUCUCUGGGCUGGCUCUACGUCGUGCUCAUCCUCCUCAAUGACCUACACAACUUCAAUGAGUGUGUCACGGACCCCCUUCCUCAGCAGACAUGUCAACGUACUCCCCACCCGGGGACCCCUGGGUGCUCAGUCAUCCCCAGCCCUGCCUGGCUUUCCACCUACCCAGUCCCCUUGAAAACCCUUCCGUGAAGUCUCCGCAGUGCUUGGAGACCCUGACCCCAUGAAGGGCUUCCCCUCACUCCCUUCUAGCCCCCAUCCUGGAUCCACCCAGCCCAACUCCCCUCAGGCCACUAUUACCGUCCUUCCCCCACUCGGCACCUCCCUCUCCCCUCCCACAGAUUCCUGUUCCAGCACUGGGGACACUGGAUGGACUGGUCCCCGGCAUUCCUGCUGGUCAUCUCACUACUGGUCACCUACGCAUCCCUGCUCUUGGUGCUGCUCCUCCUCAUUAUACUUCUUGUGGCCGCUGGCCUGGUGGGACUGGAGGUCAAAUGGCGAGAGGAAUGGCAUAGCUUACGUCUGUCACUGCAGGCCACAGCCCCAUUCCUUCAUAUUGGAGCAGUUGCUGGCAUCACCCUCCUGGCCUGGCCGGUGGCUGAUACCUUCUACCGUAUCCACCAAAGAGGUCCCAAGAUUCUGAUACUGCUCGUACUUUUUGGAGUUGCCCUGGCCAUCUACCUGGUGCCCGUAUUCAUCUCCUCAGCCUGUAUCAUGGAACCCAAAGACUUAUCCCCCAAGCCUGAGCUGAUAGGACACCGAGGGGCCCCCAUGCUGGCCCCCGAGAACACCCUGAUGUCCCUGCGGAAGACAGCUGAAUGUGGAGCUGUUGUGUUUGAGACCGACGUGAUGGUCAGCUCCGAUGGGAUCCCCUUCCUCAUGCAUGAUGAGCGUCUGACCAGAACCACAGAUGUGGCCUCUGUGUUCCCAGACCGAGUCAAUAGCCAUAGUAGCGACUUCUCCUGGGCUGAGCUGAAGAGACUCAAUGCUGGAGCCUGGUUCCUACAGAGGCGACCCUUCUGGGGGGCUAAGCAACUGUCAGGCCCUGAUCGGAAAGACGCUGAGAAUCAGACAGUGCCAGCCUUGAAAGAGCUACUGAAAGAAGCUGAAGCCCUCAACCUUUCUGUCAUGUUUGACCUGCGCCGCCCCCCACGAAACCACACAUACCAUGACACUUUUGUGAACCAGACACUGGAGACUGUGCUGAGUUCAGGGGUGCCCCAAGCCAUGGUCCUUUGGCUACCGGAUGAAGAUCGGGAUCAUGUCCAACAACAGGCCCCCCAAAUGCGCCAGAUAUAUGGACAUCUGGGAGGCCACAGCACUGAGAGACCCCAGUUUCUCAACCUCCCCUAUCAAGACCUGCCACUGUUGGAUAUCAAGGCACUGCACCAAGAUAAUGUCUCGGUGAACCUAUUUGUAGUGAACAAGCCCUGGCUCUUCUCCCUACUCUGGUGUGCAGGAGUGGAUUCGGUCACCACCAACGACUGCCAGCUGCUGCAGCAGAUGCGUUACCCUGUCUGGCUUAUUCCCCCUCAGAUCUACCUAAUGAUGUGGAUCAUUACCAAUUGUGUCUCUAUCCUACUGCUUUUGUGGACCUUCCUCCUCCAACGGAGAUGUGCUAAGGAGAGAGAGAGAACCGGCUUAGAAACAGCAGUGCUGCUGACCAGGAUCAACACUUUCAUAAUGGAGUGAAUGCCCUGUCCUGGGCCCCCACCAGCCAAGGUCUGAGGUCUGUUUGCAUUGGCCAACAGCAAGGAGGAGAGAAUGGCUGAGGUGGAAUGUUGGUGGGGUUGGUGUGGGGUGAACUUUGACAACAGGAAGUUUUGAACUAUGAGGGGCCUCUGCCCAGAUGGUGGGCAUGCCCCAAGCUUCCAUGGAAUCUGCUUCCCUUGGGAUUUUGACCUGAGGUUGUUAGGAAGACACGGAGUCACGAGAAGUUUCUCCCCAAAUGAAACCAGAACAGAAGAAGAGACAAGGAGAUUGCCAAGAGAAUGUUUCAGAUCCGUGUGCAUGUGUUCUUGUGUAGAAGGCACAGGGUGUCAGGGAUGGGACAGCUUGGAACAGUGACUGAAGGAGAUGACAAAACGGCCUUUCCUGGAGAACUAUAAGAUGACGGAGAUAGCGACCUGGCUCCAUUCACUGCCUCCCUUGACAUUCAAUUUAUCUGAUUUCCUGCCUAGAGGCUGGUGGCCAAAGGGCCCAUCUAGCCAUGUAAUUCUGUGCCUACAGGUGGCUUUUUGCUGUGCACAGUCUUUUCUUCAAGACACAUUGGUUACUGAAUCCUGUCCAUUAAUCUGUUAUUCAAUGAAUUUAAUGCCCAUUU